AUGACGGUGGGAGACGGCGCAGUGGCGGUCGAUGACCGGCUAGAAGCCGUGCGGCGUCCCGCACGCCCUGCCGACGUACCCCCUUCCCUCCCCGGCACCGCCUCCCGAGCACCACCCUCGCACCCCCGGCGCCCCAGCGUCGACCCUUCCCCCCUCCCACGCGGGAAUGGCACCCCCGGCCGCCUCCCUCCGCGUCGCCGGGCCCCACCCCUGCCCGUUUUCUCCCGCGGCGCCUCUCAUGAUUCAAUUUCACCCAGCCAACUGGCAAAUCCCCUUUGCCAGCACGCACCCCUGCGCGGGCCCUGGACGCCAGCCCCAACGCUCACCCGCAACCGCGGGGCGCCGGGCACCUGCCUGGCCCCCGCCGUGAGCGCCGGCCGGCCAGCCGCCCUUGCCCUACAGGUCCUCCGGACCCACGUCGCCUGCCAUCGUGCGUGCAAACGCUCCGGUGUCCGAAAGUGA